AUGGAUCAAGAAGUUUCAAGCCAAUAGUAGUCAUAAAUAGAAAUAGAAAAUUUAUAGGAUUCAGAUUAUGAGAAAAAGCCAGAAGAAAAGAAAAAAAGGAUUAAAAAAGAUAAGUAAAGCUCAAAUGGAGUUUAAGCUAAUGGAAUCCGCAAUUCCAAAAAACAGAUAUAAACAAAAGACUCAAAUCAAUUGGUAUUAGCAAAAAAAAAAUAACCACAAAUGCUAACUACAAAUGAUUUCAUGUAGCAAUUAGGUUCGAUACAAAUUCCAGAGCAAUUAAAGCUAUUUUUUAUGAGGGAAUUACGGCAAACUGUGCCAGUUGUAAAAGAACUGCUUCCAUCUCACAAAUUUCUUUUAUUUGGCGAGAUACCAUUGGAUUUAGAUUAUUUUAUUAAUAAAUUAAAAAUAAGGAAAAUAGAUUCAAAUGGAAGUAUUUUUGAUAAAUUUAGGUCGAUUGUUAGAAAUAUAAGAUAUAAGGAUAGAAUUGAAUUCGAUUUAAACAGCUAGUAUUUAGGUUUAACUGAUUUUUAGUAUAUUAUUGAAGCUUUGCGUUCAAUGAAUAACAACACUUCAUUUUAGUUUGCCUAAAAUCUGUAGGAAUAUUAAAAUUAAGUUCGUUACAUAAUAGCUAGAAAUGACUAUUAUAAAAAAUAUUUGCAAUAAUAAAAUAACUCAGUGGACAUAGAGCAAAGAGUUAAGUAAUCUCUAAAAUGUGCAGAGGACAUUCUUGAAUCUUUAGAUGGAUAAAACGAAAUUUUCAUUUACAAUAUAAUUAGUAAGUAGUUUGAUGGUUUGAUAACUUUAAAAAAAGGAUUUUCCAAAGGACUAAUAAAAAAUUUAGAUGUCAGUGAUGAUGAAUUUAUUAAAUCUGUACAAGAAAAUAAGGUUUUCAAUAACUUAAUUGAUUAAGUAAAUCACGCUAGUAUAAUAUACUGUUAAACUAAAAUGGAAGAAAACCCAUAUAUGAGUUUGAGAUAAUCAGAAAUAAUUAAGAGCAUUCAUCCUGAUAUAUAGCAUCAUCACUCACACUAAUUUAAAAAUAUAUUGCGUAAUCUUGUAAAAGAAGCAAUAAAAAAGUAAGAUGUCAUUGAAUAAUUUCUCCAAACGCAGUAAAGUGAAAUGGCUUAAAAUAAUUUUUAAAAUUAUUUACCCAAUCCUCUCCCUUCAUUCUAAUAAUAUCAAAAAUUUAUCAAAAAUAUUAAUCUCCAUCCUCAAAGAUUUAAAUUUCCACCACAUAAAUAAAUAGAACUAUUUUAAAAUAUUACUUAAGUACUUACAAAAAAAUAGCAGAGUAAAAUAAACUUUUAACAAAAUCUUUAGAAAAUUACUUAAAGUAGUCCUAUUCUUUAAUCACAAGAAAGCAGUGGUUUACAUUAGCAAGAUAGUUUCGCCUAAGAAGAUAACAGUUAGCCUUUUAGGAGUAUUUAAAUGCACUAAGAACCCUUUAAUUAAUAGAAUUCUAGUUUGGAUGACUAAAACUCUAUCUUAGGAUAAAGCUAAUAGCUUUUCGAUGAGAAUAGCAAAGAAAAAAUAGAUGAAGAAAGUUCUUUUAAUUAACAAAACGGCUUAGCUUCAAAUGGAUAUAUGAAUAUUUUCAAAGAUAAAUUUAAUUUUGGGAGUUCAGAUUUUUAAGAUGAUAACUUAUCAGUUACAAGCUAGUCUCAUGGUUUACCUUUUCUUAAAUCUUUGAGCUAAAGUUAGCAACUAGAUAUUAUCUCACAAGGAGUAGUAACAAGUAUGUUUAACCAAUACAACGAUUACUAAAAUUCUCUAAAAAUGUCAGUUUUGGGGAGCAAUAAUAUUUUCGAAGACGAAAAUUCUUAGUCUUUAUUUUAUGAUAAAUCCUAAUUUAAAUCUUUUUAAGAAGAAAAUUAAAGCUUUUAAAUCGAAUAAGGGAUGUCAAAUAAUUUUGAAUUAUUUAAAGAAAAUAAUUAUAAUCACAGUAGCAAUGAAUAAUUUGAGAAAAUUAACUUUAAUCACUAAAAUUCGGAAUAAUAUUAAAGAUAGAGAGAUAAUUAUUUCUAGUAAAAGAUGCAUGAUGAAGAGGAGUCAUACUCAUUUUGUAAAAGCUAAUCCUAGAGUCAUACAUCUCAUAAAAAUAAUAAUUCAGCUUCACCUUAGAAUGGAAAUAACCCAUUCAGUAAUAUGAGUAUGCAUAAGUAGAGUUCUUCUGCUUCUAAUGGUAGUGAGAAUUCCUAAAAAGAAAAUAAAAUAAAAGAUUUUUAUGAAUAAUUGCUUCAAUAUAUUGGUAACGAUGAAGAAGAAGAUGGGUUGUUUCCAUUCCCUCAUAUAAAUUCAACAUUUAAGGAAGAUAUAAUAAGGGAAUAUGAAUAGAUUAGGUCAAUUCUUGAGGAUGGAAAAUAUAUGUCAAAUGAAGAAUUUAAUUAAUUCAUUGAAGAAAUAAAAAAAUAACCUAGAAUUAAGAAAAAAUAAUAUCUUAAGCACUUAAUGAAAAUUCCUGAUUAUGUUAAUUAUGAAGAAAAAGAAAGAAGAAAAAAGGAAGAAAAAGAGAGAAGAAAACAGGCAGAAAAAAUAAGAAGUACUUCAAACUCUAGCAACUCAAGCUUAUCAAAUGCCAAUAUAAAAAAUUUACCCUCUUAAUCUCCGAAAUUUGAUUCAGGAUAACCUUUUAAAUUUAUUGAAUAAUUCUCUUAACAAUCAAAAAACAAUUAGCCUCAAAAUUAAGCUCAUAGUACACCUUCACAUGGCUAAAAUUAAGAUGCAAAUAAUAAAAGUUUUGGAAACAUUUUUAACUUUAGUUCACAUCAAAAUCAUUUUAAUUAGUAAACUUGUAAAGAAAAUGACCAUGCCAAUUAAUAUGGUUAGCAAAAUUAGUUUUUGCUAAAUAACAACAACAGUAAUAAUUAAGAUUUUUAGUCAAAUAAAUCUGACACAAUUUAAGAAGAGUAUAAAAUUUAACAAAUUCAGGAAAAUAAUUCAACAUAAAAAUAUAAAAACUUAUACAAUAAUCUAUCCUCUUCUAAUAAUUUGCACAGUUUAAAUGAGUAAUCGCCUAUUUAAAAUGUUCUUUUUCCCUUCAAGCACUAAGAUAUAAAUCAUCCUCCACAUCCACCACUUCCUCAUCCUCUUCAGUUUAUUUAAUAAAUAAGGGAGUACUUUUAAUAAUAAAAAAUUACUGAUUAAUCUGAGCUUUUGAAGAUAAUUAAAAACAAUUUACAAGAAGCAGUUAAUUAAGGGUAAUUAAAUAGUAAAAUAGGGUAGUUUUUGUCUUAGGAAAAUAACUUUGAUAAGGCAUCAUAUGUUAUAAAUUAGCUUUUGGUUGAUAAAGAUGCUCUUAAAAAGUUAAAUAACGGGCAUUUUUUCCCGCUUCCACAUCAUCAUCAUCCACACCACCACUUCCAUCACCAUCAUCAUCAUUUUGAAGGUAGCAACGAUAAACCAAAUGGCAAUAGCCAAGAAAAUAAUCAUCAUCAUAAUCAUUUAAAUUCUAAUCCUCAUAAAAGAUAGGAAUAAGUAAUUAAAAAAAUAUAUGAAUUAAACACUAAUCUCUCAUUAGAUAAUGAAAUUUAAAUAAAUGACUAUUUAGAAGUAUUUUAUAUAGGCAAAACAAAAUUAUGGAAAAACUUCUCUAAGGAUUUUAUUUUAAACAAUUCAUUUAGAGAUAUAGACCAAGAAUUCAAUACUUUAGCAUAAAAUUAAUUAUUAUAAAAGUUUUAUCCAUAGUAGUGUAAUAAAAUUGAAUAAGAUCUAAGACAGUCUUAACAAGAAUAAUUUUAAAAUAAAAAUAGUCAUAGAAGUGAUAAUUCUCAAUCUUCUUCCCCAUAAUCUAAAACUUUAAAUGAAGUAAACAAAGACUCAGAGAAUGGAACAAAAAAAACUAUUAAUAAGGAGCUGCUCAAAAAAAUAAUAAACUAAUUUAAAAUGGGUCCUCCUCACCCUUUUAAAAUUCUUUUAAUUUUGAAAAAGUCUCUUUAGAAAAUUAUAUAUCAUAUACCUAAGUAAUACUUGACUUAAGAGUUUUUGAAAAACUCUCUGAAAAUGAUUGUCUACCAAUCUUAAGGUGAUGUAGAAAACUUUAUUUAAUGUAGAUAAAGAGUUCCUAUGGAAAUUAUAGAAAGUAUGGAAAAAAAAGUUAUGAAGAAAUUUUGUAAAAUUCCAAUAAUCUGA